GCUCGAGCCUGACGGUGCUGAUUUCAUUGCGACUUUGAGCUUCGAAAUCUUUCAUCUCCCUGCUGUGCGACUUCUACAUCUUGGGCAACGUCUUUGCGCCUUUGGGCUUGAUUUUGGGCACUUGGCUCUUGAGAUCCCUUUUCAUGAUCUCCAUCCUCUCGCGGUUGUCCUGCUGGGACUUUUAUAGCCGAAGUCGUCGCCUAACAGACGCAUUAGAACGCACCAAGGUGAAUGGUGGCUCGGGAUUCUCCCUCUCUUUCCUCGCAAGUUCCAUCCCCCCAUUGACUGCUUCCAAAUUUUCCUGGUGCCUGCCCCUUUUCUAGCUCGACUAUCUCAUGCAUGAAGGUGCUAGCGUCGAUCCCUGCUACAGGAUUUUGCUCGAAGACGAGCGGCUCUUGUGCCUUCAAGGUAAUAGGGGUGGUCUGCAGCAACCUGCGGACAAUCCCCUCUGCCACCUGUGGUUGGCUGUUAUACCUGUCAGCUGUCAGCGUUGGUUCACCUAGGAUGGACGGCUCUGCCAAACUGUCCGUGGCAGCAUCCCUGAGAGAUCAUGGUGCUCCAAAACCAUCCUUGGGACUUCAACUCUGCCUCUCUGGCCGAGGUAAUCUCGGAGUCGCAACCUCCCACCAACUUGUGACGAGCAUGACGUUGGACAGGUUCUCCUCAGCACCAAGCUUUCGAAACAAGUUCAGGUUUCGGAGCGAAACAUGUGUCAUUCGGACGUCGGUUAUCCUGUGUGUGCAAGUAGAUGAUGCCGGUCAGCAGCGUAGGUCCAAUAUCUACUUAGAGGAGGGCAUUUUUUUAAUAUCCCAUUACGAUAGCCAUGGUUUCGAACACGACACCUCUGAAUACGACAAGUGCUCUUCCCAGCCCCAGGCAUUGGCCACGGCACGCAUAGAAUUGUUGAGUACAUACUGCUGCGACCUGAUGGACGGAAGCUUGAAGUUCCUCCUCGGCGGAAACAACCUGAGGGCCAUCAUUCUCACCCAAGCCGUGAGGGCCCCCGUUCGCCAUUGCCGCACCCACAACCCGCCCAAGGCGGUGAGCUGCUGCAGUUGCUGGUCCUGGUCCUGGGUAAGGUCUAGCGUGUCUUGGCUUCCCGUCCACAUGGCCGCCAAUAUCCAGAUAUCCUGUUCCAAGAGGCUUCUGCUGAUGUUGCUGCUUACGUACCCAUUGUCACUUGCGCACCGGAUGUUGCGGUCAUUUGCUCCCUCACCCUGAAUAUUAGCCACAUGGAUCAGACCAGCGUGCAGCGCCGCCAGCUGGUGGAAGCUCAUCCUGAGACGCGCCCGGUAGUUCUCAAGGGCUAUCCGCAUGCGAGAUGUGCGCUCACACUCUCCCAUCAUCAUCAGCACGUCUUUUGCGUCAAAACACCAGCCCACCUCCUCAAUAGCUGGACUAGGAG